GACUAGAGGAGGAGGGAGGGGAGAGAAAGUGGGGAACAUUCUCUGGAGAUGAGAGUGAAUACACCUUCCUAGGAUUSGACUUUCUUUUCCUCCUGUCUCCAUCCGUCCACUCAGGGGUCAAAGGAGCGAGAGGAUAAUUGUGAAUGGAGAGCUGACUCUCAGGAAGUCUCUACACGCAGACGCGCGCUCCUAAGACUGCUGCUGCCAGGUGUCGCAGCGCGCGCUUAUCAGACGCGCUUCUGAGGUGUUGGAGCUCGCGCAGUUGUCCCGGCGUCCCGGAGUUAUUGGUGGUCAUCAAUUCAUCUUCUGAUGAUGGAUCAAUGGAGCUUAACGCGGCACACGUGGAUGCUGCUGCUGCUGCUACAUGUACAUUACUUCUAUUUUUCAAGAGCAGCUAAUCCCAUUGACAUCCUGAAGGUCCUGGAGCUUUCAGAGGACAUGGAGGGUGUCUCACUGGAGGCAGGACUUUGCACCAGCAGGAACGGACGACAGGAGACAGACCUCUCCUUUAAAAUCAACAAGAAGAUUCAGCUAAGCGCACCCACCAAACAACUCUUCCCAGAUUCACCAUUUCCUGUGAACUUCUCACUGAUGACAACAGUUAAAGCUGCAAAGGGAUCUCAAGUCUUUCUUUUGUCUUUGUAUGACACACAGGGAACACAGCAGCUGGGUUUGGAGCUUGCUCGUUCUCCCGUGUUCCUGUAUGAGGACCACGAGGGUCGGCCAACUCCAGAACUUUACCCCAUCUUCAGAAAGAUCAACCUGGCUGACGGCAAGUGGCACAGAGUUGCCUACAGUGUCGAGGGUCAGGCGGUGACCCUGUACUUGGACUGUGAGAAGGUGGACACCCUGGACCUUCUCAGAGGUCAGGAUCCUCGGGUCAGCACCGAUGGUGUCACAGUGUUCGGGACGCGCCUGCUGGACGAAGGCGUGUUUGAGGGAGAAAUCCAACAGCUGCUGCUCGUCGAUGAUCCCAGAGCAGCAGAGUCCUACUGUCAGGACUACAUACCAGACUGUGAUGCGCCUCUACCUUACGACAGCAUCCUGACACCCACUGAGGAGACCGAGGGAACACCUAAGAAACGUGUGGUGGAGGAGUUUGAGGAGUUUGACUACAGCGACCUCUAUGAGGACAUUUCUGUGUCCUCGGUGACGUCGGGGCCGAAUGUGACGGAGUACGAGAUUGUUGAGUACGAAGAUUAUGACAACACUACAAACUACUAUCAUACGAACGAGUACGAAUAUGAGGAGGAAUACGACGAGCGCUACGGACCUGCUCAGAGGGAACGAGGUUACUCUCUGGACACACAGAAUCUACCUGAAAAAGGACAGAAAGGAGAACAAGGCAUUCUGGGAGAGGGAACACAGAUUACAGGACCAUAUGGGCCCCCAGGACCUGAGGGAGAGCCGGGACCUCCUGGGAUCACGGGACCAGUGGGACCACGAGGAGACCCUGGAGAGUUGGGUCCUCCAGGGCGGCCGGGUCUUAAUGGUGCUGAUGGGAUACCAGGUCCUCCAGGAAACAUCAUGCUCAUACCGUUCCAGUCAGGCGGUGACCCGGGAACAGGUGCUGUGGUUUCUGCACAGGAGGCUCAGGCUCAGGCCAUCCUGCAGCAGACCAAGCUGGCAAUGAAGGGACCUCCAGGGCCACUGGGUCUCAGGGGACGGCCUGGACCACUGGGUGCAUCAGGUCCCACUGGUCUAAAGGGGAGCAGUGGGGACAUGGGACCACCAGGUUCUCCUGGGCUGUCGGGGAUCCCAGGUCAGAACGGACGACCUGGGAAACGGGGUCGAGCAGGUGCAGAUGGGGGCCGUGGUGCAAUAGGAGAGACUGGAGCAAAGGGAGACAGGGGCUUUGACGGCUUGCCUGGUCUUCCUGGAAACAAAGGACACAAGGGAGACAGAGGGAAACCAGGCCCUACAGGUUCUGCAGGAGAGCCAGGAGAAAAGGGCUCCCAGGGACCACCGGGGCCAAGAGGACAACCAGGUGAUGCUGGUCCCAGAGGUCUGAAUGGCCCCAGAGGUCGCCCCGGACCCCCAGGUCUGCCAGGUAUUCGAGGAAUCGAUGGAGUUCAAGGUUCAAAAGGAAACAUAGGGCCAGCAGGUGAAAUUGGAGCACCUGGACAGCAAGGCAAUCCCGGGAUCGUGGGUUUUCCUGGUCCUCAGGGCUUAGUAGGACUGCCAGGAGAGAAGGGACCUCAAGGGAAGAAAGGGAUGCGGGGCUUACCUGGAAAUGACGGGCCCCCGGGUCACCCUGGAAGAGAAGGCACUCCCGGUGAAAAAGGACUGCCGGGUCCUCUGGGAGUCCAAGGGCCUGUGGGAUACCCUGGACAGCGAGGAGUAAAGGGAGCAGAUGGGAUCAGAGGCUUAAAAGGGAGCAAAGGUGAAAAGGGUGAAGAUGGUUUUCCUGGGGCCAAGGGGGAGAUGGGAGCAAAGGGGGAUGUUGGAGACAAUGGACCUCUAGGGGUUCGAGGCGAAGAUGGACCUGAAGGCCCUAAAGGCCAGUUGGGUCCUCAGGGGGAGCCUGGUCCUGCUGGAAUUUCAGGGGAGAAGGGAAAACUGGGAGUUCCAGGACUGCCAGGAUAUCCAGGACGRCAGGGGCCCAAAGGUUCUGAUGGUUUCCCAGGUGCAGUGGGAGCUGCAGGAGAGAAAGGAAAAAAGGGACCUGCAGGCCAGGCAGGAGGUGCAGGCCAGAGGGGUUCAAAUGGCGCCCGAGGUGCCAGGGGGGCGAGAGGCCCAACUGGGAAACCAGGCGAAAAGGGCACCUCAGGACACGAUGGCCCCCCAGGAUCUCCUGGAGAAAGGGGACCUCAAGGACCGCAAGGAAGAAAUGGAGAACCUGGCCCUAAAGGAACAAGUGGCCCAGCUGGAAAGGAUGGACUUCCAGGUCACCCAGGUCAAAGAGGAGAACCGGGCUUCCAAGGAAAGACAGGACCUCCAGGACCUCCAGGUGUGGUGGGACCGCAGGGCAAAUCAGGAGAACCUGGCCCAACGGGAGACCGAGGUCACCCAGGAGCACCAGGUGUGCCUGGAGAGCACGGUUUACCUGGAGCUGCUGGAAAGGAGGGCGGAAAGGGGGAUCCUGGUUUACCUGGGACAUCUGGGAAGAAUGGUCCACCAGGUCUGAAAGGCUUCAGAGGAAGCAGAGGAGCCCCUGGAAUCAUGGGGCCGCCUGGUCUGAAAGGAGCUUCAGGACCUGGUGGAUCACCAGGAGCCAUUGGACCAACAGGAGAAAGGGGACCUCCUGGACCAGCUGGCGCCAUUGGACAACCUGGUCGGGCUGGAGCCAUUGGAGGACCUGGACCAAUGGGAGAGAAGGGCGAGCCUGGAGAGAAGGGACCGAUUGGACUUUCAGGUCAAGAUGGGGAUCAAGGACCAAUAGGGAUGCCCGGAGCUACGGGCCCUAUAGGCCCUCCAGGAGAUGAUGGGGAUAAGGGAGAACAAGGAGGACCUGGACARAAAGGAAGUAAGGGGGACAAAGGCGAAGCAGGGCCUCCAGGCCCUACUGGCACUCAGGGGCCAGUUGGUCAGCCAGGACUYCCAGGUGUGGAUGGCUUGCCAGGUCUUCGAGGCCAGCAGGGCAUGUACGGUCCAAAAGGUGAUGAAGGAUCACGUGGCUUUAAGGGCGCCAAGGGACCAAGAGGAUUACAGGGAAUGCCUGGCCUGCCCGGAGAAAAGGGUGAGAGCGGACACGUUGGCUUAAUGGGUCCACCAGGGCAGCAAGGCCCUGUUGGUGCUCAAGGUCCAAUUGGGGGACAGGGACAAAAUGGUAGACCAGGAAUGAUAGGACAACCAGGUGCCGUAGGGGAGAAGGGAGAGGACGGUGAGGCAGGUGACCCUGGACCAGUUGGGAUCCCAGGAAGAAUAGGAGAUAAAGGAGACCAGGGGGAAAAGGGGGAUACGGGCCCUCCAGGAGCAGCUGGUCCUCCAGGAGCCAAGGGCCCUCCAGGGGAGGACGGAGCCAAGGGCAAUGCUGGUCCCAUCGGUCUGACGGGUGACCUCGGACAGCAGGGAGAGUCUGGACCCAAUGGUGUAGAUGGCCUCCCGGGAUCUAAAGGCGACACCGGAGAUCCUGGAAAAUCUGGACCACCAGGACCACCAGGUGAACCUGGACCAUCUGGACCGCCAGGGCGAAGGGGUCACAUGGGGAAACCUGGGAAGGAAGGCAAACCGGGUCUGAAAGGAACAAAGGGUGCUCCUGGACUGGAGGGACCUAUUGGAAAAACAGGGCCUAUAGGUGCUCAAGGGCAUCCUGGGAAACCAGGUCCUCAGGGCUUGAGAGGAAUCCCUGGCCCUGCAGGUGAGCAGGGUUUAAAUGGACCACCAGGUCAGACAGGACCACCAGGUCCCAUGGGUCCGCCAGGUUUACCAGGACUAAAAGGAGACCCUGGGAGGAAAGGAGACAAGGGUCAUGGUGGUUUGAUAGGUCUGAUAGGACCUCCGGGAGACAUUGGAGAAAAAGGAGACAGAGGACUUCCAGGAAACCAGGGGCUUCAAGGUCCAAAAGGAGAAGAGGGUCCAGUUGGCCCUCCCGGUCCACCCGGUCCUCCUGGCCCCACCGGGCUGUCUGGGGCAACUGGUGAAAAGGGUUCUAAAGGAAACCAGGGUCCAACUGGUCCCAGAGGAGAUAUUGGGCCUGCAGGGCCUCCAGGGCCACCAGGACGGCCAGCGAUCGGGAUUGCGCCUCCGCCAGAGCGAGGGAGGAGAAGAAGAACUCACACUGUGGUGGACGGUGCAGCUCUCGAAAAUGACGAUGAGGAGGAAAUGGCCACAGAAGGAGGCGAGGAGGGCUGGAUGCAAGGAGACCAGGCAGAGGGUCAAGACAUGGAAGAGGUGUUUGCUUCCCUCUCGUCGAUGAAGGUGGAUGUAGAGGGUCUGCGUAACCCACAGGGGACGUACCACAGCCCCGCCCGCACCUGCAAAGAGCUCUGGCUCCUCCACCCAGACCUCCCUAAUGGUGAGUACUGGAUCGAUCCCAACCAGGGUUGCCACAGAGACUCUUUCAAGGUUUUCUGUAACUUCACUGCUCAGGGGGACACCUGUCUGUACCCCGACAAGAAGUUCCAGUCGGUGAAAUUAGCAGCUUGGAAAGGAGAAAAAGCUGGCAGCUGGUACAGCAAAUUCAAAAAAGGAAAACAGUUUUCCUACACUGGGUCUGAUGGUGAUUCGAUCCACGUUGUCCAGUUAAACUUCCUGAAGCUGCUCAGUGCCACAGCCAAACAGAUGUUCACCUACCACUGCCUCAACUCCGCCGCUUGGCUGCACACCGCCACCUACAGUCACGAUCACGCACUGCGCUUCAGAGGCAGCAGUGGCGAGGAGCUCACGCACGAGAACACACAUUAUAUCAGUGCGCUGUACGACGGUUGUCAGACACGCUCGGGUCAGGAGAGGACGUUGUUGGAGUUUGACGCUCCGGUGUCCAACACACUCCCUAUUGUUGAUGUAGCUGUGUCCGAUUUUGGGAAAGGGAACCAGAAAUUUGGUUUUCAAGUUGGCCCAGUUUGCUACAAUGGUUAGCAAACUGAUGACGGAUAUAAUUUAAAAGCAAAGAGCCAUGGACACGUUUUACAUGCAGGGUUGAACAUUACAUUCAAGACCACAUAUUUAUGAGUUGAUGUAUGUUUGUGCACCAACGUGUCUUCAUCCAAACUAUCAGUCUAAGAUGCACACAUUGAUGUUGUCCAUCAGUGAGUUCAGAUUCACGAAAGGAGACUCCGAUGAACUGGAUAUGUUGUGUUAUCCAGAGAAACAUCGACUGUUGAUCCAUCCUGAGAGGCACAUUUUUUGUCUUCUUUUCCGUUUUGAAGGACCAAGUUGUGCUCUUAGCCUCACUGUUCAGUUACUGAUUCAGUAAAACUCACAGAAACAUUUAGAUCAAUAAAUUGUGUUCAACAAACACAAAAACCUUACUUUUCAGCUGAAACGUCUCAAAAACAAGGGUGCUCAACUCAAAGUCUUUAAAYCUUGAUGGGUGCUGACCAUCCAGUAUGGUGAUAACAAACUCUCAGCUCUUGCAUGUGAAGUUGCUCAUCAACAAGAGCAUCAUCAGAUGUAUUUGCAUGUGUUGAAAGUUUCUGUUAUUACCUUCUUAUUGUCAAACCUCAAUUUUUUUGUGUUGUUUUUGUAUGUUGUUAUAAUUUUGUGAUUGUAAUUAUAUUUUAUUUGAUGUGCACCGAUGAGCCACAACAUUAAAACCAAUAACAGGCUGACUGAAAUGCAUUGGUCGUUCAGCAAUCGUUUGUUGGGAAAACCCAAAGUCCCCCCAAAACCAUAUCACAUUAAAGAUGCAUGAAAAUAACUCUGUUAUCCAACCUUUGGAAAGCUCUGAUCUGAUGGUUCUGAAUUAGGAAAAUUCCAAAUUUCUCUUAAUGUCAAUAACAAAUGCAUAUCAUUUUUUUACAUUUCUCCUCUGUUCUUAAUGUUUACAGUCAAAAUUAUGAAAACAUUCUCUCUGUCACUGCAAAGCUGCAAGGUUUUUGUUCAUUUGUACAAUUUUAAUGUUGUUGCAUUUAUMCAUUGAGAUUAACUGACUAAAUUAGACAUAUUCGGAGCAGAUGCAAUGUCCGAUUUUGUGUGUUUAUCAUAGUAGCGUUUAGUUAGUAUUUGUAAAAAUACACUUUUUAUAUUCAGUUUCCUCUUGUGAACCCUCUCAUUGUGUUUUUAAACAGUUCACAAUGAAAACAAAAGGUGCAGCAAUGUACCUUUAACAAUGCAUUGACUUAUUGCUUCAGGUGUAUCUUMAAGGGUCUGGGCAUGGUACCUUGACUAGUGGUACAUAUUGUACCUUUUGUUUGUACCUUUAAAGGUACACUUUUUGCACCCCAUGCCCGUAAACUUCAAAGCACAGCUGGAGCAAAAAAAAAAGUACAUUUUUAAAAUAUAUCUUGAUUUAUUUAUUUAUAUUUUUUACUGUGCACAGACAGUUCACUGUUCCACACCAGAACAUUCUGUUGCUAGCUAUAGUGUGUUCACUGACUGGGGMAAAAUGGAUUUAUCAGUGUCAGAUGGGCCAAUUCCUUUCAUUAGCUGAUUGUAUACUUUUAGUCACAGUGCAUCCUGCCACAUGUCAAAUGCAGCUCAAGAAUACAUCUAAAACUGCUACAUACGCUGCAAGAACCAAGAAAAUUAUUUUCUUUCACAGCUGCAAAAAAUAAUGAUGUGUUUUUUUUUUUACUUGCAAGGCUGGUUUUGAAUUUAUUGCAGCUUUUUUGACUCAGCAUCUAUGCCAGAACUUUUUUCUUGUGUGAUUUUCAACAACUAAUGUGUGAUUGGUCAAAAAGUUUGAAGUGGACAUGGCAAAUGUGGAAAGGCAGAAACAYUGAUAUUCCUGCAUUUUUGCUGUAGCACAGACGUUCAGAGAAUUUCUGCACUUGAGUUUCUUCUUAUACUUGCCACCUUGAGUAAAUGAACAAUUUUCUCAGUUCUUGUGGCGAAUGCAACACGCUCCAGGAGCACAACAAGGAGGUCAAGUUUCUGAAAAACCCUCCAAACUAAACAGAUCACAAUUUGAUGGAGCRUCUGACAUGCUCUAAAAUAGGCCACAUCUUGCAGGUCCCAGAAAGUGAAGGAAUAGCUGCCAGCUUUCUUCCCACCAGACAGAGGUCCUACAUUCAUCCCACCAGGUUGGGACCGUUUUCAGGACAGUCUGCAAAAAUAUUAGGCUGGUGGUUUUAUUGUUGUGGCUGAUUGAUGUACUGAGGAGUGUAAUUCAUCGUGGUGCUAUUAUGUAAGUCCUUGAGGAGUACAGUUUUUGUGUCAAAGGGAUUUGGGGCAGAACAUUUUUUUUAAUAUAUUGUGAAACAAUGUUUUGUAUGUUGUCAUUAUAACAAACCAAGCUCUGAUUCAUGAUUGCCUCAACAUCUUUCUUUGCAUUAUGUUUGGGGGAAUUGAUUAACAUAUUUUAAUAAAAAGUACACAAUGUACACUUGAGUUUUUAUGGCUUUUUAAUGCAAUGACUUUGCCAARCUGGAGUUGGACAUUUUCUCUGUUUUCUAAAGAUGAUCAAAUUAACCAUAAAUGGACACAUUAAACUUUAGUCGUAUGACACRUUUGAAAUAUGAACAUGCUUGUAUGCCUCUGUGAAAAACUCCUCAAUGUCUGAAUAUUAACAUUUUUUUAUUUGAAUGCUCUGAUAUAUCUAAGUACCACAAAGCAUUGUWCAGUGGGUUGAAAAAUUGUAUUGAUCUUUACUUCUCUGGUCUGUCUGGAGAGUCCCUUGGUCUUCAUGAUGACUCUUGCUUGGUGGAAGCUCUUAGGUCUGGGUGUUAAAACAGUAAGAGUAUUUAUUGUGACAGUCAUGUGAUCAAUAUUAAUAGAAAAUACGUCUGACAGAAUGUUGAUAAUUUCACUCAACUUUGAGUUAGACCCACAUGGCAUUCUGGGGAACAUAGGCAAAAUAAAGGGCAGGCCCAGCUAAGCAAGGUUGGCAAGCUAGCAACAACCUGCUGAUAACAGUAACAGUAGAGGUUUUGUUUCACCACUGUGCCCCAUAAAAGUUUGCUUUACAAACAAAUCUGUUUCAUCAAAUGUAUUUUGUUAAUUAUUCUUCGUAGAGAAGUAACAUUUUUUAGGUUGCUUGUGUUAUAAUUUGGUACUCAGUGUGUAGAUCGAUGUUACACCUACAUUUAUUUUUGUCACAUUAAAMCCACACUCAUCCCUCUCAGAUCUCCUCUGCCUGCUCGUGUGUUUAACCUGACCUGCUGGAGGAACGUUUUCAGCGGCGUUGAAACUUUAAUGAGGGAAAGAACAUUGAACUCAUUCAAGAGUGUUUAGCUGCCAAUUCUCAGCYAUGAAAUAUGGAUGGUGUGGCGUGAAGGUUAGUCACAUUGUGUUUAACUGCAGUCGGGGGGGAAGUGUUCAUCUGUUCUUCCUCGCAGCCCGGUGAGGAUCAGGACAAGCACAGUUUAAUAUUUCAUCCUCCGUCAGUUUGCCAGCUGCUGACACUCUUCACCAAUUACAACAAGCAAAGGUUGUAUCCUGCUGUUGAUUUUAAGCCACUUGACAAUGGUGGGCCAAAAGUUGGUCAAAUAAAUACUAAAAUUUUUAUGCUUAUGAUCUUAACAGUGAAAAGAUUAUGAUGAUAUCAACAAGCACAACCAAACAGAUGUUGAAGUUUGGUGCAUAUAUAAUGUCUUAUACUUGUCGUGGAAUUUCAGAAAUACAUCAGAUGUUCAUGAAUUUAAGUGAUUUUAUUUUAUCGCAGUCAGUUCACACUUCUCACAUGUUGUCACAUCCUAUUUUUAUUUUAAUUUUUUUUAUGCAAUGGAUGGAAAGAUUCCCCACCGAUGACACAGCAGUGUAAGAAUAUGAGCAUCGGCAUGUCUCACAGCUCUGAUUUUUUUCCCCAUCAGAAAGUAAAGGAGACCUGUCCACUUUAAAAUAAAAUAAGUAAAAUCA